AUGAAGACAAUUUCUAUCAUUGCUCUCCUGUUGGUGGGAUGGAAUCCUGUCACAGCUGCUACCCAGUUGACCCAGAGCCUUCAAACACCCAAUACUCCCUUCCAUGAAUUCACGUUGACGCCGGAUUUACCUUACAUCACCCUCGAUUAUGGCGCUGAGGUGGCCGGAUUCCCUACUUUUGAGAUCACCAGUGUCUCUGCUGCAACACAGAUUGAAGUCAAAUACAGCGAGCAGUUUGUUGGGCUGGCUGAGCCCUUCAGUGAUGGUCCCAGCUUGUUCGUGACCGGUCUGGCAAACUCCUUUCGCGUGGAGACCUUCAACAUCACUACUUCGGGAACUUUCAGUUCCGAGCUCUUGCAGGGAGGUCAACGCUGGCAAAGCAUACGCUUGCUUACCCAGAGCCCGGUGAAGUUCCGUUCGGUGUCUUUCAAGUCGUCAGUGGGGACGGUGGCCACUGAAAAUCUUCCUGGCUCUUUUCACUCGUCAAAUGAAUUGUACAAUAAGAUCUGGAGUCUGGGUGCGCGUGCAGUCUCUCUUGCAUGCUUUGAUGAAAGCUCACAGAAGCCAACUUGGAAGGUCUCUCGUGAAGGGGCCAAGGUCUCCAGCAGCCUCCCCAGUUAUUCGUCCUCAACCUAUAACCUCACCGAAUACGACUUGGAAUUUGAUGCUAAGAUUUCUCGAGGGGGUCUCAUUUGGUCUAUUGGCUACAACUUUGGCAUUCGUUCAAGGGGAGGCAUUCUCAUCAAUCUGGCCAGUAGCUAUCCACGAGAGAAAACUUUCGCAAACACAAAUAGGACAAUGUUCCCCCCGUCAACUAUCACUCUUGCCUCUGGAGUGAGCUUUGUCAACCAGACUACUUUGAUUUCUUAUAAGCUGGCUUCGUUCUCGGUCCCAUUCGACGUGCAAGAGGACGUGUGGUACAGGAUCUCAACUACUGUCCGCUCUGGAAAUUUGGCUGUCUCCUUGAAUCAGAUCCAAUUGUUCAAUGUCUCCCUAUCUAAUUACUACGCCGGUGGAUCGUCAAUUUCAACCUCUGGAGCCUUUGGAUUCGGCACUUGGCAAGACCAAUCUGCCUACUUUUCCAGAGUUUCCGCCCGGGAUAGAUCUGGCAAGCUGAUUUACCACAAUUCCAUGACAGAUCCUACCACCGUUCUCCCCGAGUAUGGUCAGCAUGCCAACUAUUUCCCAGUCUGCGUGGAUGGCGCAAAACGCGAUCGCUUGGCCUGGCUUGGAGACUUCCUGCAUACCACAAGAAUUAUCGGAGUGACAACCAACCGCAACGAUCAUAUUACCGGUACUUUUAAGCUGUUUCUGAGCGACCAAAUUUCUACUGGCCAGCUGCCCUUGGCACCAUCGCUUGGCUACUCGCCAGACACCGACCCCAAGGCAUUCGCCGUCAACGGUAUCGCAUAUCUACUUCCAGACUAUCACAUCCUCGGCCUUAUGUCAUUUGUUUCCUAUAUGGAGCAAUCUAAUGACACACAGUUUGCCCUGGAACACUGGACUAAGUGGAAAGCUGCUGUCAACUGGCUUGCAUCCUAUCGUAGCACCUCUACUGGACUCAUUGACUUUUCAAUGUUUGGCACUGCUUUCCUGGGUCCGACGAGUGGCUCAGCCGUGAAUGCCGCCUCGGUAGAGGCCUUUAAGGGCAUGGCCUCGGUUGCAUCAGCCGUGGGAGACAUCUCGUCAACAAAAAGAUGGACUGCCUUCGCCCGAUCCCUGGAAGUAGCUCUCAAUUCCAAGAUGUGGAGUGAAGCCCAUGGUGUCUACUCUUUGCAGACAUCCGACCCUGGAAACUUCUCUGUUGCUGCUCUCGGAUUCGCCAUCACCUCUGGAUCAGCUAACAAAUCCCAAAUAAAUCGCGCCCUAUCUCAUUUGCCUAGUCUCAAGCUGGGGCCAGGAUAUCGUGACUCAAGUCUGGUCGCCUCAACUGAUUCAAGUGCCAACCUGUCGCCGAACACGAACGGUUUCCUUCUCACUGCUUUGCUACAGCAAAAGCGAGCGGUGCCUGCAGCAUUCCUGUUUGAAAAUCUAUGGGGCGCGAUGAUUGCCAACGACACUACUAAAUCUGGUGCUAGCUGGGAGUAUGUCAACCAGAAGUCCGAGCCAGGCUUGGGACAGUACACUUCUCUGAGCCAUCCAUGGGGUGGAGCAGCCACAUACGCACUUACGAAAUAUGUGGCUGGUAUCCGGCCGCUGAGCUUUGGGUAUAAAUCAUGGGUAGUGGAACCGGCCUACGCAGGUUUCGGGUUAGAUGCAGUCAAUGCCACCGUUCCGACACCUCACGGUCCCAUCAGCGUUGCCUGGACCGUGCAAAACAGCGUGGUCACAAUUAGCCUCGAUGCUCCGGUAGAAACAACCGGAAAGCUAAUUUUGAACAAGGAGUGGGCAUGUCCGGGAGACUUCGUAUCCUACGAUUGUGAUAAAGUGAAGGACUUUGUCCAUGUGAUUGAAGGGGGAAAGGUUCAGUAUUUCACUCACAGCAUGAAGUUGUAA